GACUGACUCUUUCAAAUCGAUGGAUUGGUUUUGAAAUCGUUGCGGGGGAAAAUACGGUGUUUUUGUUCGCAGGUCUUCCCUUCCCUUUCCUUCCCUUUCCUUUUCAACGAUGGAACUCACGAUGGAGAACAUUGGCAACAUGCACGGCGUUGCGUCGCACUCGCAAGCGGGGGAUUUGAUGAAUCCCGCGCACGGAAGACCCUCGUCGGCUUCCCAUCGGAACCUGGUGUCCCACGGGCGCUCGGCGAUGGUGUCCAGCAUGGCGUCGAUCCUGGAGGGCGCGGGCGAGUACCGGAGCGACCCCGCGCUCUCCGGACACCUGCACCCGGCCAUGACCAUGUGCGAGUCCGGCAUGAGUUUAUCCAACACCUACACCACUCUCACACCUCUGCAACAUCUGCCUCCUAUCUCCACGGUCUCAGAGAAGUUCCAUCACGCGCACCCGCACACGCACCCGCAUCACCACGCCGCGCACCAGCGCCUCGCCACCGGGAACGUCAGCGGGAGUUUCACGCUCAUGCGCGAUGAUCGCGGCCUCGCUUCAAUGGGGAACUUAUACGGGCAUUAUCCUAAAGACAUGUCCGGGAUGGGUCAACCCCUAUCCCCGCUUUCCAACGGCCUCGGGUCUCUCCACAACUCCCAGCAAGCGCUUUCCGCGUACGGACCGGGCGCGCACCUUCCCAGCGAUAAGAUGCUCUCGCCGGGCGGCUUCGAGACGCACGCGGCGAUGCUCUCGCGAAGUGAGGAGCACUUGAGGAGUUUAGGUGGGCACGGGCACGGUAUGAUCUCGAAUCUGAACGGCAUGCACCCUCACAGCCACAUGCACUCGCAGGGGAACGGAUCCAUGCUGUCCGACAGAGAACGGCACGGCGGCGGGGGCGCGCAGAGCGCGGGCGCGGGACAGGUGGAGGAGAUCAACACAAAAGAAGUGGCGCAGAGGAUCACAGCAGAGCUCAAGAGAUACAGCAUUCCUCAAGCUAUUUUCGCACAGAGGAUCUUGUGUCGUUCCCAGGGAACGCUGUCGGAUCUCCUGCGUAACCCGAAGCCCUGGAGUAAACUCAAGUCCGGGCGCGAGACUUUCAGGCGGAUGUGGAAGUGGUUACAGGAGCCCGAGUUUCAGAGGAUGUCCGCGUUGAGGCUUGCAGCGUGCAAGAGAAAGGAACAGGAGCAGCACAAAGACCGAAACAUGGUCCCGAAGAAGCAGCGCCUGGUGUUCACCGAUCUCCAGCGCCGAACGCUCAUCGCCAUCUUCAAGGAGAACAAGAGACCCAGCAAAGAGAUGCAGAUCACCAUCUCUCAGCAACUGGGCCUGGAGUUGUCCACCGUCAGCAACUUCUUCAUGAACGCCCGGCGUCGAUGCGUGGAUCGCUGGCAGGACGAGCACGCGGCCAGUCCCGGGCAACCCGGCACAUCGGCAACCACUUUCUCCAAAGCCUGAGCCGAUGCCAAGCUGACGGACCAGCGCCGGAUGCGUCGAACCAACAGAUGAUGAUGAUCUACGGCGCCCAUCAAACCUCACAAACCUCGUCCGGGAACGGCGGGUGCGGAUGAGCUCCGGCAAAACCCAACGCAUUGCACGCUCUUCAUUCGGUUUCU